AGCCGUAUAAUAUUGUGCCGUGUACAGCGCCCGUUACUGCAAUACUGCGUCCAGGUCCUGCUAACAGUUCUCGUCUAGCAGUUACCGCCAACAGGUGUUUUUUUAUUUUUUCGGUCGCCGGACGUCUUUCUCGCGUCGAGCAGUCGCACCACGACACAACCGACACGGGACGUUUGUAAGUUUUUCUCAAGGCAACUGACCACCACCAGCGCCGACAAUCCGGUCAGACACCGGGCUACCCCGUGACACACGAUCGGCGCACGCCACCACCCACAUCGAUCCGCGUCUGUCGCACAAAACAUGUCGUCUCACGACGUCAACAACGAACAGGAGCCGCAGCAGGUGGCCGAGCCCACCGUUAGGCUGUGCGUGUUGCGCACCUGGCCUGACCACUUUGACGGGUAUGGGUUCAACCUGCACGCCGAAAAGUCAAAAACAUCAGCGUCGUCGCCCAACGGCGGUUUGCCGUUCUCCGGUGGACAAUUCGUCGGCAAGGUGGACCGGGGCAGCCCGGCCGAGAGCGCCGGUCUCCGGGAGGGUGACAGGAUCGUGCAAGUGGACGGAGUGGACAUCGACGGCGAGACGCACUCCAAGGUGGUCGCCCGCAUCAAGAAGGGCUCGGCCACCGAUGGCGUCGCAGACCACGACGAAAACAACGACGAAUCGGUCAGCCGCUGUUCGCUGCUGGUGGUUGACCGCCGGGCCGACACGUACUACAGGGAGAAGGGCAUCAGAGUGCACGCUGACAUGGGGCUGCAGAUCCUAGUGUUGCGUACGCCCGAGGAGCCGACGCCCGAAUGCCUUGCACUGCAGCCACAGAACGCUCCGACCCCGAAAAACGCCGCGGUGGUCGAUGGCGUAGGAGCAAAGCAACAGCCAAACGACGGCGACGAGACUGCAAAGCCCGCCAAUUCUACGACAUCCACGACUACGACGUUAAAUCUGAACAUGACGGCUGCAGAGCUGCGCCGGCGGUUGGCCGAACGCAAGAAGCAAGACUCUCGACGCGCCGGCGGUGCCGGGGAUGGGUCGUUGGAUUUCCGUAAAAAGUACGAGAUAGUCGACAAGUUGUGAAAAUGAAAAUAUUGUGCUGGAUCUUUAUACACCCACUCAUACAUACACACACACAUUUUUAAAUACACGAACCCUAAAUAUUAGUGAAUAGGAUAAUACCUACAUAAUAAUAUAUUAUUAUCAUAUUGUGUUAAGUAAGUUUAUAAAUUAAGUAUUUAAAAAAAAAAAUUGUAUACUUUAGCUUUUAGUUUUUAUCGUCAUCCGUCCGAAUGUCUGUAAGGUUAUACAGGGUACAUUUAUACGCAAUAAGUCAUAAUACCUAUAGGCGCGCAUACGAUUUUAUCGCCGUAAUGCCGUUGUAUAUUUUUUUAAUUUUUUUCUCAGUUGUAAUUUGGUGCAGUAUGUCGUUGUGCUAAGCAAUAUAAAUUAAACAUCAAAUGUAUUUCGUAUUUUUAUAUUAUAUUUUAUGUGUGUGUAUUAGCGUGACUAACGUUUUCUGAUGCUCGAUUUGUUAAAUAAGAAGAAAAUGUAUGAUGUACACACACAGACAUAUAUUAUGUAUACACAAUAACCGUGUAUCAGA